CCCCGGCUCCGGCCUCCACUCUCCCCCGGGCGGAGUCGACGCAGCUCCCGCUUCCGGCCUGGAGCGCCCGGACGUCCCGCGGCUGCGGCCCGAGUCUCCGCUGGCUCCGGGGACCCCCGGGGGACUCCGGCUGCAGGCAUAUAGUGCUUGGGGUCCAGCUAUGGAGAAGCCUCGGGGCCAUGUGUCCCAUCCCGACAUCCUCUCCUUGGAGAACCGGUGCCUGGCCAUGCUCCCGGACCUGAAGACCCUGGAGAGGCCCUGGGGGCAUGUGUCCCACCCCGAUGUCCUCUCCUUGGAGAACCGGUGUCUGGCCACGCUCCCGGACCUGAAGACCCUGGAGAAGUCCCUGGGCCAUGUGUCCCACCCCGACGUCCUCUCCUUGGAGAACCGGUGCCUGGCCAUGCUCCCCGGUCUAAAGCGUACUGUGUCUGCUGGCCCCUUGGCCCACAGUCUCCAGACAGCUGGCCCGCUGCAAGCUGAUCUACGGAGCCUGAGCAUCGGUGACGGCGUGCUCUCCAGGCCUCUGAGCUGGGGGGCCGAGCGCCUCUCCGAGGGUUCGGGCUGUCUGACCUCUCCGAGGGCCUUGCGACCCAUCUCUGCCACAGCGAGCGCCCCCACAGCAGCUUUGGGUCAUCAUUCCUCUUCAGAAGAGAAAAUGCCAGAGACAGAACGGGUAGAGGUUGAAAUGCCUUUUUAUAAUCUGAGCUUGGGCGAGGAGACAGAGGUGGAGGGCCCUGUCCUGAAGCUCAGCGCGGGGGACUCUGAAUCCCAUCCUGAGCCUGCUGACCAGGCCCUUAAGGACAAGAAGCUGGUUCUCAUGAGCUUGCUGUGCUCCACGCUGACAUCGAAGGUAGACGCAGAAUAUGCUGCUGAUGGGGCCUCGGGGCCCCUCUUUGAAGCCUGCAGAGACCUGGCACCCCUGGAGCCCGAGUUCAUCCUCAAGGCAUCUCUGUACGCCAGGCAGCAGCUGAACUUCCGGACUGUGGCCAACAAGAUGGUGGCCAUUGCUGCUUUGCUGCCCGUUUGCCGCCCCUACCUGCGACGCUAUUUCUGUGCCAUCGUCCAGCUGCCUUCCGAUUGGCUCCAGGUGGUCGCGCUGUACGAGGAGCUGGCUGGGCGAGAGGAGGACAAGCCAGUGCCCCUGCCUGCCUGCCUGCGAGCUGCUCUGACGGACAAAUUUGCCCAGUUUGAUGAGUACCAGCUGGCUAAGUACAACCUUUGGAAGCACCGGGCCAAGAGGCGUCCCCGCCCGCCUCCCCGCCCUCCCAAGACGGGGCGCCCGUUUUCUGAGACCCAAAAACACUUGCCAAGCUACCUUAGGGUUCUUACGGAUGAACAGAAGAAGUUUGAGGACACCUACAACGCGGUGCCAGAGAGAAAGCAGCGGCCGAGGCUCACCCUGAAGAAGUUGGUGCAGCGACUGCACAUCCGGGAGCCUGCUCAGCACGUCCAGGCCCUGCUGGGCUACAGAUACCCCUCCGACCUACAGAGGUUUUCUCGAAGUCGCCUCCCUGGGCCGUGGGACCCCAGCAGAGCCGGGAAGCGGAUGAAGCUGCUGCGGCCAGAGACCUGGGAGCGGGAGGUCAGCCUGCGGGGGAACAGAGCUGCUGUGUGGGAGGAGCUCAUCGACCACGGGAAGCUUCCCUUCAUGGCCCUGCUUCGGAACCUGUGCAACUUGCUGCGGGUUGGAGUCAGCGCCCGGCACCACGAGCUCACCCUCCAGACGCUGCAGCAGGAGAAAUCAGUGAUCCACAGUCGGCAGUUUCCAUUCAGAUUCCUUAAUGCCCAUGACGCCAUCAAUAACUUGGAGGCCCAACUCAAAAAUAAAGCGUCGCCACUCCCUUCCAACACAAAACUGAUGCGUCUGAUAAUGAGUAGGAACGCCAAACAGGACAAGACCUGGACCUACCGGAGGUACCCUUACAACCCCAGUCGCCGGCAGCUUCGGAACACGAUGAGGGUGCCGGUGGUGUAUCAGCAGCUCAAGUGGGAAAAGCUGAAGCUAGAGAAGGCCAGACGGGGCAGAUGUGCCGGCGAGCUGCUGGCACGGUACCGGCAGGCCCUGGAAACGGCUGUGAACAUCUCCGUGAAGCACAACCUGCCACCGCUGCCGGGCCGCACCCUCUUGGCCUACCUGACAGAUGUCGGGACGGACGAGUUGUGUCCGAAGAGCAACCCCCAAGGGCCCCCCCUGAACUACGUGCUGUUGCUGCUGGGGAUGGUGAUGGCCCGGGCGGAGCAGGUGUCCGUCCUGCUGUGCGGACGUGGCACCGUGAUGGUCGCUGACGCCAGGGUGGAGGAAGGUGUCCUGAGGACCGCCAGCGUGCUCCAGGCUCAGGCUCAGGCUCAGGAGUUGAAUAAGGAGGGUGAAUGGUCCGUGCACACUUUCGGGAAGUACCUGCUGUCUCUGGCUUCCCAGAGGGUCCCUCUGGACAGGGUGGUCCUGUUCGGCAACACCAUGUACGGCAGCCUGGUGAAUGAGGCCAAGCAGCUCUUCUGGCAGCAUGUGAAUCCCAAGUGCCUGUUCGUCUCUGUCCCCCUGGAAAGGACGUACAACAUAUUAGCCGACUCGAACCCCAACGACGUGACGCUCUCAGGCUACAGUGACGGGAUCCUGAAGUUCAUCGCAGAGCGUGGGGCCUCUCGUCUUCUAGAACACGUAGGCCAAAUGGACAAAAUAUUCAAGAUACCGCCGCCCCCAGGGAAGACAGGGGAGCUGUCCCUCCGGCCGCUGGAAGAGAGCACUUUAAGCCCCCCGGCCCCAAUUUCCCCGCCUGGGUGGCGCAGCGUCCGCCUCUUCAUUUCCUCCACGUUCCGGGACAUGCACGGGGAGCGGGACCUGCUGCUGAGGGCCGUGCUGCCCGCCCUGCAGGCCCGAGCCGCCCCCCGCCGCCUGGGCCUCCGGGCCGUCGACCUGCGCUGGGGCAUCCCGGAGGAGGAGACGCGCAGGAACAGGCAGCUGGAAGUGUGCCUCGGGGAGGUGGAGAGCUCGCAGCUGUUCGUGGGCAUCCUGGGCUCCCGCUAUGGCUACGUCCCCGCUGACUACAACCUGCCCGAGCACCCUCACUUCCGCUGGGCGCAGCAGUACCCCCCGGGCCGCUCCGUUACAGAGAUGGAGGUGAUGCAGUUCCUGGACCGGGCGCGGCGCCUGCAGCCGUCUGCCCAGGCUCUCAUCUACCUGCGGGACUCCAGCUUCCUCAGCUCUGUGCCAGAUGCUUGGAAAUCCGACUUUACUUCUGAGUCUGAAGAAGCUGCACGUCGGAUCGCCGAACUGAAGAGCUUUCUGAGCAGACAGCAAGGGGUUACCUGUCGCAGUUACCCCUGCGAGUGGGGCGGGGUGGCAGCUGGCCGGCCCUACGCCGCGGGGCUGGAGGAGUUUGGGCAGCUGGUUCUGCAGGAUGUGUGGAGCGUGAUCCAGAAGCUCUACCUACAGCCGGGGGCCCAGCCGGAAGAGCCAGCGCCCACCCCGGAGGACGACUCGGUCCAGGCUGCGUUCCAGCAGCUACAGACCCCGCCGAGUCCCGCCCGGCCACGCCUGCUCCGGGACACCAUGCAGCAGCUGACGCUGCCCCGGGGGGGGCUGAGCCUGGUGACCGGGCGGUCGGGCCAGGGCAAGACGGCUUUCCUGGCAUCCCUGGUGUCAGCCCUGCAGGCUCCCGAUGGGGCCCAGGAGGCCCCCAGGGUCUUCUUCCACUUUUCGGGGGCCCGCCCGGACCAGGGCCUCGCCCUCACCUUGCUCAGACGCCUCUGCGCCUACCUGCGUCGUCAACUGUGUGAGCCGGGUGCCCUCCCUACCUCCUACCGGGGCCUGGUGUGGGAGCUGCAGCAGAGACUGCUGCCCGCGUCUGCCCAGUCCCCGAAGGCUGGCCAGGGCCUGGUGCUGAUCGUCGAUGGGGCUGACAGGCUGGCGGGUCCACAGGGCCAGCAGGUCUCAGACUGGAUCCCGAAAACCCUUCCCCCGCGGGUGCACCUGGUACUGAGCGUGUCUGCUGAGGGGGGUCUGGCUGAGACCCUUGGGCAGAGCCCAGGGGCCCGAGUGGUGGCCCUGGGGCCUCUGCAGCCCCGUGCCCGGGCCCAGCUGGUGAGAGACGAGCUGGCUCUGUACGGGAAGCGGCUGGAGGAGUCCCCCUUCAACAACCAGAUGCAGCUGCUGCUGGUGAAGCGGGGGUCCUCCCUGCCGCUGUACCUGCGCUUGGUCACCGACCACCUGAGGCUCUACGCGCUGCACGAGCAGGUGUCCGAGCGGCUCCGGGCCCUGCCCGCCACUGUCCCCCUACUGCUGCAGCACAUCCUGGGCACCCUGGAGCAAGAGCACGGCCCCGAUGUCCUUCCCCAAGCCUUGGCCGCCCUGGAGGCCACGCGUAGUGGUCUAACUGCGGAGCAGCUGCACGCGGUGCUGAGCGCGUGGCGCGCGCUUCCUAGCGGGGCCGAGGGCUGGGAAGAGGCCGUAGCCGCUGGGAGCAGUGGGGACGCCUACCCCAUGGGCCCAUUUGCCUACCUCGUCCAGAGUCUGCGCAGUCUGCUGGGGGAGGGGCCCCUGGAACGUGCUGGUGCCCGACUCUGCCUUCCUGCUGGGCCCCUGAGGACGGCAGCUCAGUGUCGAUACGGGAAGAGGCGGGGGCUGCAGAAGACCGCACACGUCCUCAUAGCAGCUCAGCUCUGGAAGACGUGCGACCCUGAUGCCUCGGGCUCCUUCCGCAGCUGCCUUCCUGAGGCUCUGGCCGACCUGCCCCACCACCUGCUCCAGAGCGGGAACCAUGGCCUUCUUGCAAAAUUCCUCACCAAUCUCCACGUGGUGGCUGCACACCUAGAACUGGGUCUGGUCUCUCGGCUCCUGGAGGCCCAUGCCCUCUACGCUUCCUCGGGCCCUGCAGAGGAGCAGGGUCUCUGUGAGACGGACCCUGCCGUGUUUCACGCAUUCCUGAGACAGCAGGCUCCAGUCCUCGGCCGCUACCCGCUGCUCCUGCCCCAGCAGGCCGCCAACCAGCCUCCGGACUCGCCUCUUUGCCGCCAGGCCCCACAGCUUUUUGGGCGAUGGCGCCUGCAGCACGUGCUGCGGUGGCUUAAUAAACCGUGCACCGUGCAGGGCCAGCCGAGCCCCAGGCUGUCGCUGGCCGUCCCCUCAUCCCCCACGGCGGUGGCCCUGUCCCCCAGCGGGCACAGGGCUGCUGUGGGCACUGCCGAUGGGAUGGUUUACCUGCUGGACCUGAGGACCUGGCAGGAGGAGAAAUCUUUGGUGAGCGGCUGCGACGGGGUCUCCUCUUGCGCCUUCCUCUCCGCCAGCGCCCUCUUCCUCACUGCCUUCGACGGGCUCCUGGAGCUCUGGGAUCUGCAGCAGGGCUGCCGGGUGCUCCAGACCAGCGCUCAUCAGUCCCAAAUCACCGGUUGCUGCCUAAGCCCUGACCGCCGGCUGCUGGCCACCGUGUGCCUGGGGGGGUGCCUGAAGCUGUGGGACACGGCCCGCGGGCAGCUGGCCUUCCAGCACACGUGCGCCAGGCCCCUGAACUGCGCCGCCUUCCACCCCGAUGGGCACGUGGUAGCUGUUGGCAGCUGGGCGGGCACUUGCAGCUUCUUCGGCGUGGACGGGCUCACAGCUGCCAAGGAGCUGGGGGCCCCGGGGGCGUCCGUCCGCGCCCUGGCUUUCCAGGCACCUGGGCGGGUGGUGGCCGCAGGCCGGCUGGACGGCACAGUGGAGCUGUGGUCCUGGCGGGAGGGGGCGCGGCUGGCCGCCUUCCCUGCACAUCGGGGUGUGGUGGCCGCUGUGCUCCCCCUGCAGGCUGGCUGCCAGUUGGUGACGGCCGGCGAGGAUGGCGAGGUGCAGGUGUGGUCCGGGGCCCUGGGUCGGCCCCGGGGCCUCCUGGGUCCCCUUCCUCUGUCGGCGGCUCUCUGCGUGGCUCUCAGCCCGGACGGUGAUUGGGUAGCCGUCGGCUACCGGGAGGAUGGCGUCAGGACCUACGAGGUGGCCUCAGGCUCCCGGGGGGCCCGCUGUGGGGCCGUGGCCGCGGCCGUGUGGGCGCUGGUGUGGCUCAGCCCCGGGGUGUUGGUGAGCGGCGCGGAGGAUGGGUCCCUGCAGGGCUGGGCCCUCGAGGCAUGUUCCCUGCGGCCGCUCUGGCUACUACCUGGACGCCAGGGGCCCGUGUGGGGACUGGCUGCAUCUGGAGAGCUCCUGGCUUCCACUUCAGAGGCCCUCCCCGUGCGGCUCUGGCCCAGGCAGCCACUGACGCUGCCCCUGCAGGAGGCCGACUUCCCGCGCGGCACUGAGCUCCGGGAGCACCAGGGGCCCGUGAGCUGCUGCGGCUUCAGCACCGACGGAGGCAGGCUGGCCACGGGGGGCAGGGACCGGAAUCUCUUCUGCUGGGACAUGCGGAAGCCCCAAGGCCCUGUCGUGAUUUGCUCCUUCCUGGCCUGUCACCGUGACUGGGUCACCGGCUGUGCGUGGACCAGGGACAACCUGCUGGUAUCCUGCUCCAGCGACGGCUCUGUGGGGCUGUGGGACCCUGAGCGGCAGCAGCGGCUGGGCCUGUUCCUGGGUCAUCAGAGUGCUGUGAGCGCCGUGGCGGCCGUGGACGCACACGUGGUGUCCGUGGGCCGAGACGGGAGCCUGAAAGUGUGGGAUCAUCGGGGCGUGGAGCUGACGAGCAUCCCUGCGCACUCCGGACCUAUCAGCCAGUGCGCGGCGGCCCUGGAGCCCCGGGCAGCCGGGCAGUCUGGCUCAGAGCUUCUGGUGGCGACUGUCGGAUUGGACGGGGCCGCACGGUUGUGGCAUCCGCUGCUGGUGUCGCAGACACACACGCUCCUGGGACACAGUGGCCCAAUCAGCGCAGCGGCAGUUUCGGAGGCCUCAGGCCUCCUGUUGACGGCCUCGGAGGAUGGCUCCGUUCGGCUCUGGCAGGUCCCUGAGGAAGCUGAUGACACGUGUGCGCCCAGGAGUCCCGCAGCCGUCGCUGCUGUGGCCUGGGCCCCAGACGGUUCUGUGGCAGCGUCCGGGAGUCGAACUGGGGAACUGACCUUGUGGCACGAAGCUAAGGCCGUGGCCACGGCGCAGGCUCCUGGCCACAUCGGUGCCCUGACGUGGUUCUCAGCGCGCACCUUGAUCGUCCUCAGUGCCGAUGACAAGGUCAGCGAGUGGCGAGUGGAACUGCAGGAGGAUUCGAUGCCCGGAAAGUUCAGCCUUCACCUGAACCGAGUUCUGCAGGAGGACUUAGGGUUCCUGACAGCUGUGGCCCUGGCUCCGGACGGCGGCUCCCUCAUCUUGGCCGAGGCGCGGCCGCGGUUACAGUGCAUGAAGCCAGGGGAUGCUCCCUCUGUGAUCUGGGACAGCUAUUCCCAAUGCCCUGUGCUGUUGUCUACCCAUCAGGACUACGGUGUGUUUGUCCUGCAGUCGACGGACUCGGGAAGCCUUUCUGUCUUAAGGCAGAAAGAGUCAGGAGAGUUUGAAAAGAGUCUCGAGUUUACCGUGAAGUUGGAGAGUCCUUGGGGGACCUUCGUGUUGGUGACGCAGGCCAAGCCAGAAUCUGAGUCCUCGUUUUUGGUCGCUGGCGCCGACGGGACGCUCUGGAAACUUGCCCAGGGCACGGCUGCGGGAGAAUGGGCCACAGGCAACAUCUGGCAGAAGGCUGAGGCGCCGGAGGCCCCGAGCCCGGGGAGUGCACCGUCUGAGGGGGGCGGCAGUAGCAGCAGCAGCAGCAGCAGCAGCAGCACGGGGAGCUGGUCCCCACCCACCGAGCUGACCACACAGCAGUGCAGGAAGGUCCACUCGGGCCCCGUCACAGCCCUCCACGUGCUGCCCGGGCUGCUGGUGACAGCGUCCAAGGACAGAGAGGUCAAGCUGUGGGAGAGGCCGAGUAUGCAGCUGCUGGGUCUUUUCCGGUGUGAAGGGGCCGUGAGCUGCCUGGAGCCUUGGCUGGGCCCGGCCUCUACCCUGCGGCUCGCCGUGGGAGACACGCUGGGCAACGUGUACUUCCUGGCCUGGGAGUGAAGGCGUGCCAGCCCCGGGUGCUCGGGAUCGAGGCUGGAAGAUCCCAGCGGCUCCUCUCUCGAUUGGAUUUUAAAAAUAAAGUGUCAGAAAACCUCAA